CUCUCUGUAGACCUUCCCUCCGCUGUGGCCUGUUCAUUAGACCGACCGACAUAGGCUGUUGUCUCCAUCAUCUCUUCUGCCAUGGUCCCAGAUUCCUCAGACACUGUAGUCGAGCAAGACAUCUAUGUCGUGCCCGACUUCACCAUCAAAGACCUGCUCAGUGCCGUCCCAGCGCACUGUAACGAACGAUCAGCCCUCAGGUCAUCGCUCUACAUCUUUAUGGAUGUGAUAGUAAUUGGUGCUAUCUACAAAACCGCAACCUUCGCAGACGCAUAUGUCACCACUGAAGCCGUCUCUUUCCCCCACCCUCUCAUGUACCCUCUUGCUCGGUUCGCCAUAUGGUCUUUAUAUGGUUUUAUUGCAGGUCUUUUCGCGACUGGUUUAUGGGUUAUCGCGCACGAAUGUGGACAUCAAGCAUUUUCCGACUCAAAAUUCGUCAAUAAUGCAGUCGGAUGGAUUCUUCACUCCGCAUUAGGAGUUCCUUACCAUUCCUGGAGAAUUACACAUGCUAAACACCAUGCCUCAACUGGUCAUAUGACACAAGACCAGGUCUUUGUGCCCCGGACCCGUUCACAACUUGGUCUUAGGCCUCUGGAUACCACAAAGGAGGAUCGGCUAGGCGCAAGGGUAUCGGAAGAAGUGAAAAAAGAACUCUGGGAUGCAUUGGGUGACUCGCCUAUCGGUGCGACCCUUGGAGCUGCCAGUUACUUGCUUGGAGGAUGGCCGACCUACUUGUUGACAAAUGCCUCUGGGCAGCCUCGGUACCCCAAAGGAACCAACCAUUUCAGUCCUGAGGCGACAAUGUUCAGUCCUAAACAGUAUUCGCAAAUCAUCCUGUCGGAUAUUGGAAUCUUCCUCUGGCUUGCAGGCGUUCUUGGGUGGAUCUACUACAAAGGCUUUGCCGAAGUUUUUGUCCUCUAUGGCGUUCCAUAUCUCUGGGUCAAUCAUUGGCUUGUUUUGAUUACAUUUCUCCAGCACACCGAUCCCCUUCUCCCUCACUACCGUGCUUCAGAAUUCACCUUCCCCCGUGGUGCCCUUUCCACGCUCGAUCGUAAUUUGAUGGGAGAUCUCGGAAGUUUGAUGGGCUGGCUCGGAGGUGUUGCUACCCAUGGCAUCUCAGAGACCCAUAUUCUUCAUCAUGUCUCCAGCCGCAUUCCCCAUUAUCACGCUUGGGAAGCGAGUGCAGCCCUGAGGAAGAAGUUGACUGAAGCUGGCAUGCGCUGUGAAGGCAAGCCGGGUGGAUGGGCCGAAGUUUACCGUGUUUACAAGGAAUGCAAGUUCGUCGAAGAUGAAGGUGACGUCGUUUUCUUCAAGAACGCGCAUGGUCUCGCCCAGAUGCGCCCAGCGUUCAACACUGAGUCUCCUAGUGACUCCGGAAUCGAGAUCAACGAGAAGUAUUAA